GGUUAUCCUAUCAUUCUUGGUCCCCCUGGAUCCGGAAAAGGAACGAUUUCCAACCGAAUCAAGAAAGAUUUUCCAAUAGAGCAUCUCAGUUCGGGUGAUAUUCUUAGGGCGCAUGUCUCUGGGAAAACCUCUAUCGGUGUUAAGGCCUCAGAAUACAUGACCAAAGGCCAAUUGGUACCGGAUUCUGUUGUUACUUCUAUGAUGUUGGCUGAAUGUGCAAAGUUCAAAAGCUCCAAUCUCUUAUUAGAUGGAUUUCCUCGGACAUUAGAACAAGCAAAGUCACUGGAUAAAGAAUUGUCCGUUACAUGUGUCCUUAACUUGGAUGUACCUUUUGAUGAAAUCAUAAAUCGAAUAAAGUGCCGAUGGGUUCACCUGCCUAGUGGAAGAAUCUACAACGAUGAGUUCAAUCCACCGAAGAAAAAGGUAACUUGGUCACUUCAGCGACUGUACACGAGGAGCAUUUUAUCGGUCAAAAAACGUAGGACCAGGGUAUCUGGUUAUUGCUCCUGA